GGUAGCAGUGGCUGAAGGUCUGUUCCUCUUUCCCAGAAGCUUUCAGACUUUCCAAGAAGCCAUCUAUCCGGAAAACGAAGACAAGACUGGUCAUGCUAAGCUCGAAGAGCUCCUGGAUCCUCGCGGCCUACACCAUUAUCUUCCUCACUGGUCUCCCAGCCAACCUCUUGGCCCUGCGGGCCUUCCUGGGCCGGGUCCGCCAGCCCCACCCUGCACCUGUACAUAUCCUCCUGCUCAGCCUGACGCUGGCAGACCUCCUCCUGUUGCUGCUGCUGCCCUUCAAGAUCUUUGAGGCUGCAUCUGACUUCAAAUGGCUUCUGCCUGAGGUAGUCUGUGCCCUCACAGGUUUUGGCUUCUACAGCAGCAUCUACUGCAGCACGUGGCUGCUGGCAGGCAUCAGCAUCGAGCGCUACCUGGGGGUGGCUUUCCCCGUGAGGUACAAGCUGUCCCGCCGGCCUCUGUAUGGAGUGAUUGCUGCUCUGGUUGCCUGGAUCAUGUCCUUUGGUCACUGUACCAUUGUGAUCAUCACUCAGUACUUGAACUCAACCCAGGGCACCCAAGAGAGCUUUACCUGCUAUGAGAACUUCUCCGAUAAGCAGCUGGAAUUUGUGCUUCCUGUGCGGCUGGAGCUCUUCCUUGUCCUUUUCUUGAUCCCCAUGAUGGUCACCAUCUUCUGCUACUGGCGCUUUGUGUGGAUCAUGCUCACCCAGCCCCACGUGGGGGCGCAGAGGCGGCGCCGAGCUGUGGGGCUAGCCAUUGUGACACUCCUUAAUUUCCUGGUGUGCUUUGGACCUUAUAAUGUGUCCCACUUGGUGGGGUAUGUCACAAAGAUGAGCCCACCAUGGCGAGCGGAAGCUGUGGUGUUAAGUUCCCUCAACGCUAGUCUGGAUCCCCUGCUUUUCUAUUUCUCUUCUUCAGAUGUGCGCAGAGCCUUUGGUAAAGGGCUUCAGAUACUGCGGCAUCAGGGCUCCUCUCUGCUGGGACGCAGAGGCAGAGAGACAACAGAGAUGACAAACGGGGACAGGGGUGUGAGUCAAGUGGAGGGAGCACCGAGUUCUGACUUCACCACAGACUAGGGAUGCUCCUGGACCUCCGGAGGCACUGGGGGCUGCGUAAGGGUUGAGUGGGCCGGGAGAGGGAGAGCAUGAGGGUUCCAGGUUCAGGAAUCUGCAGAGCCAAUCCACUACUGGCACUGUAAAAAUCCCUCUCACCUUCCCAAAAGAACACAGCUCCCUGACAAAAGGAGUAGGUGUAGAAGCAUCAUCAGGCCACCUUCUAGAAGCAAUGUAGCUAAUAUGAAUUCAGUCCUUGCAAGGUGGUCAGUAGCUUUGGGUGAUCGGCCUGAAGCAGGGAAUCCUGAAGCAAUCUUGCCAUAAGCUUUGAAACAACACCUGGAUGCUGGUCUAGCUGUCAAUGCUGGAAAGAAGCCAAUGGCAAAGAGAUGGUAGAGAAAUACUAAAUAAGGUCAAAGAAGACUCAGGAAAGUCCUGAGCCGGAGGGACUGGGAGGAGGGUCUGAGGGCUUAGGUCUCUAAUGCUCUAGAUUUGCACUGUAUUAAUCAGACCUGCUGCUUUGUAAGUAUGCUCCAGCCAUCUUCACGUGUGUACCUUGUCUCCCCCAUUAAACUGGGAACUUCCUGAGGUCUGGGUCUUGUCUUCUCCUUCCAUGGCACCCCACACAGGUCAGGAUACAGCUCGGCACCCAUCAGU